CUCUGCACGGGGGGAGGGAGAAAGAAAGAGAGAGACACAGAUAUUAUGAACUUGAGAUCAGGUAGAGUUUAAGGCACUCCUUCCAGCUUCAACUAUUGGCUUGGUCCUGUGAUGCAUGUAGCUGUGGACAGUGGAAUCAACUCCUAUGCUCAGUGAAAGCACUCAAAGGAAUUUGGGCCACACAGAAAAAAAUCGAGUAUGAUGAAGAACGAAGAAACGAGUUUUAAUGUGGACAAUGCCCAAGCCUCUCCCUUCUCCCGCUGCCUGCAGCCACUCAACCCCGUUACAAAGCCACACAGAACAACUCCGUUUGAUGAAGAAUUCAGAACACACCUUUCACAUUUCCGCUAUGGUCCUCCUCCUCUUGAAAACAUGGAAUCUUUCCAGGGCUCCUUGGAAGGAGGGUCUCGGAAACGCAAGAGUAUGCCAACAAAAAUGCCACCUUCCAUCUCCCUUGAAGAUUCCUCAUCACCACCAGACAGACCUGAAGACCACAAUGACAUAGGCCCUUCCAGUCUCCCCUUGGUGUUCAAACAGCCAGCACAGCCCAAGUACAGCUCCCAGAUGAUUGACCUCUGCAACUUUGGUUUUCAAUUCUACCGAAGUCUGGAGCAUAUUGGAGCCAAUUCCAUUAAGCAAGAACCAGUGAAGCCCAACAUGGCAUGGCCCAGUAGCCCAGCAUUCGUACAGGCUCCUUACACUUAUUACCCUAAAGUCCACCCUGGCUUAAUGUUUCCUUUCAUUGUACCACCAAGUUUUCAUUUCAGGAACCCCUUUCAAAUGAAAAGACCUCCAGAACCACCCUUCAGGAGGGCUGAAGCAAGAGAAAGUGGUGAAAACAAACAGAAAGUUGAAAGAGUAGAUGUCAACCUUCAGAUAGAUGACAGUUACUACGUUGAUGUGGGGGGUGAACAGAAACGCUGGCAAUGUCCCAUGUGUGAGAAGUCCUAUACAUCCAAAUACAAUUUGGUCACCCACAUCUUGGGGCACAGUGGCAUUAAACCACAUGCUUGCACCCGAUGUGGCAAGCUUUUCAAGCAGCUGAGCCACUUGCACACACAUAUGUUGACACACCAGGGCACUCGGCCACAUAAGUGCCAGGUGUGCCACAAGGCUUUCACUCAAACCAGUCACCUUAAGAGACACAUGAUGCAACACAGCGACAUCAAGCCUUACAACUGCAGGAUCUGUGGCAGAGGUUUUGCCUACCCCAGUGAGCUGAAAGCACAUGAGUCUAAGCACGAGAGUGGCCGAGAGAACAUUUGUGUGGAAUGUGGUCUGGACUUUCCAACUCUGGCCCAGCUGAAGAGACACCUAACCACCCACCGUGGCCCUAUACAGUACAAUUGCACUGAGUGUGAUAAAACCUUCCAGUACCCAAGUCAGCUGCAAAACCACAUGAUGAAGCACAAAGACAUCCGCCCAUACAUCUGCACUGAAUGUGGCAUGGAGUUUGUGCAGCCCCACCACCUGAAACAACACUCCCUAACUCACAAGGGUGUGAAAGAGCACAAAUGUGGAAUUUGUGGCCGGGAAUUUACUCUGCUGGCCAACAUGAAACGACAUGUCCUGAUCCACACCAAUAUCAGAGCUUACCAAUGCCAUUUGUGCUUCAAGAGCUUUGUGCAAAAGCAGACUCUCAAGGCUCACAUGAUUGUUCACUCUGAUGUCAAACCCUUUAAAUGCAAGCUCUGUGGAAAGGAAUUUAACAGAAUGCACAAUUUAAUGGGACACAUGCAUUUGCAUUCGGAUAGUAAACCUUUCAAGUGCCUCUACUGUCCCAGCAAAUUCACCUUGAAGGGGAACCUAACCCGGCACAUGAAAGUCAAACAUGGGGUUAUGGAAAGAGGAUUUCAUUCUCAAGGUUUUGGAAGAGGAAGAAUUGCACUGUCCCAGCCAAAUGUGUUGAGAAGUUUGGAACAGGAAGAGCCCUUUGAUCUUUCCCAGAAAAGCCAAGGGAAGGGAAUUUCAUUUCAUUCUGAUGGUGAGAGUGCCAAGGGAAGCUCAUGCCAGGAAGAAGAGGAAGACAACUGCUAUGAGGCAGAGCAGUACAGCCCUGUCAUGUAUCAUCAUGAUGACAACAAGCUGUAUGUGGCUCAAGAUCUCUCUGGCAAACCUGAGGGCAUGAUGAAGGGCUUCAGAGAGUCCUACUGCAAUGAGAAGGAAGAAGUGCUAAGUGAGGGAGGACCGGGGAAGAGAAUAGGAAAUUCAGACAAAGAGGAGAGCCAAGGAGAGGGAGAGCUCGCAAACAACAAAGAACGCCUCAGCUUUAGAUCCUUUGAAAAGGCCAGACUUGGCCACUCUCUCUCUGAUUACUUGUAUUUCAAGCACAGGAACAAGAGUUUGAAAGAAUUGCUGGAAAGAAAAAUGGAAAAACAAACUAUGCUUAUAGGCAUGUAAAAUGGACACUUUGAAACAGCUGGAAAAUGCGAACCAGAGAGCUUUUAACAUGAACUGUAACUUACCAAGACCUGGAAGUCUGUAAUAGUCUUUAGAAAUAAACAAGACAAAUCAAUAAAAAUAAUUUAGGGUAGAACACGUACAUUAAAAGUCAAUGAGAAAUGCAAUAGAUAUUGAACAAUACUUUUAUAUUUAUCCAUUUGAUGUAAAAGCAGACAAUGGGUUAGGUACAGAAGUUUAAUUACUAUUAUAUGGGGAUAGAUACUUACAUGCAAUUUUCUAGUUAGCAGAAAGCAACAUACUUUAGCAUCUGAUUUUUUUUUUAUUGUCUGACUAGAUAUAUAUGAACACUUCUAGCCAUAUGUCUCAAAAACAUUUGAAAAUAGUAAAUAUUUCACAUUAUAAGCCAGAGUGCUAUUAAACAUGACAAGCAUGAAAAUGCUGUCAACAUUCAGAACUAACACAGUCCAAAUACUUUGAUUUACUGAAGUGACUCUUAAUUCAACCACUUAUAGUGAGAACUGGGAAAGAAAUUAAGAAGAAAUACUAAUGUCUUGGGAGGUAGUGAAGGGCAACUCUGUAAGGCUUUGAAAGGACUGAAAUUUAUUACAAAAGCUCUUCCUCUGGCACAAGGAAUGUUCAUGCUUUGUUUCAGUCAGUAUGGCAGUACUCAAUAAUUCUUCAAAUGAAAUAGCAUAGACUGUGUUGACAUUUCAUUCUACUGCCUGCUCAGACCAAUACAUCUAAUGGGUGGCAGCAGCAUGUAGCAUUCACAACCUUUCUAUAGUUACACAUUAAGAAAUAUGAGUAAUUGCACUGAAAAAAUUACACAGUUUUGCCAUUUAUCUCUUCAUUUUUUCAUGACUAGUAAGGACGAUUUUGAAAUACACAGGCCUGAUCAAUUUUUAUUUUAGAAGGUAAAAAUAACCCUUAUAGGACAAGCAGUACCUCACAAACUAGUUUUCAAUUUGCUCUUACUGGAGGCAGAAAUUUCCCCUUAUCAACGUAUCUUGAGGAGGCUCUAGUCCUUUCAGAAGAAUUCACUUAUACUGUUUUUACCAAGUCAUAUCAGCUUUUCAUCCUCUGAUUCCCAUACAAUUAUAUGUUCAUAACAAAGAUGCUUAAAGUAUAUUCCAUUCAACUUUUCAUUAUUUGCAUGAAUAGUUUGGCCAGCAUAAUAAUUUCUGCACCUUCAAGAUAGACAACAAACAGCCUUGCACCAUGCUAAAUAAAAAUUUAAUAAGUCAUAAUAUUUUACUCAUGUCCUGCCCAUAUCCCAGCUUAAAAAGUUAAAAUCCAUAUAUAUAUAUAUAUGUAUGUUUAUAUACAUAUAUACACAUAUGUAUGGUACUUCUCUUCCAAAUAUUACUGCCUUCUUCACUUACCUGCCAAGUUCUUGAUUUGAAAUACAUUGCUAUCAUGUCCAAUACAUGGUAAGUUAUAAUUAAAUAUAGUCAUAUACGUGGUUUGCUAAGACUAUAGUCAAGUAGCUGCAGCUCUCUGCCACUAUAAGAAAACACACACCUUUCAAACUAAAACAGUGCAGAAGUCUUUAUUCCUUGAAUAAAAUUGGAUUUGUGUAGUCCAAGGCUGGAGAAGGUGGUUUCAUUUUCCAAGGCUCACACAUGUCAUAAUAAAUAUUGCGAAUGAGGAGCAGAAAAAGCUGUUGAUAAAAGAAAAAGUAACAUACACGUGACUCUUCUAAAAUGUGCAUACCUUUUAAAAAUAUAAAGGGUAUGCCAAACUGAUGUGGAACGUAGGUCAGUUUAAACCUAGAAUUAAAGAAGACUUUGGAAACUAAGUGUAUUUCAGAGAUACAUAUCCAUGUUUUUCCAGGAAUGAACUGUUUUACCAUAUACACUCUUCCUUGCCUCAACUGUAAGAUGACACCUCUCGAAAAAGGAGCCAUCUUUCUUUCAAGGAAGACAUUAUGGUCAAGCAGAAGAAUUAGAAAAAAUUCAGAAUAAUGAGUGUAACUGCAUUCUUUCUUAGACUGUAGGGGAAAUGAUCAGGUAAAAAUUCAUCAUAGUCUAGGAGAUGGUCCCUUAGAAAUGGAAACAACUCCUUCAGUUGCCUUCUUGGCACUAUCUUGUCUCUACCAGAAAAAAGCUCCCAUUUGAGAGUGUAUAUAGCCAAGAGCUGUGAGUCACUUUGUCUUAGAAUUGUCUCUGUCUCAGUGGUUAGUUUCCAGCUAUGCAUGAUUCCAGACCAGUCCACUCUACUUUUGCUGCCUAUUAGCUCUCAUGAUAAGAAGAACAAACAAGGAAUCAGAAAUCUGCAAUUUCUAGACUGGUAAUUAUGCAGAUGAGUUGAAUUUAACAAGUCCUUUACUUCUGUGGUGUGUAAGGCAGGAAGGCACUCAGUUCUUCCAUUGCAAAGCCUUGUUGCCUAUUCAUUGGAGAGUGCUAUGGGACAGCUAAACAAUCUUUACCAAGAAAGAAAGAAACAAAUCAUUGUGUAUCAACAGCAGUCCAGGCAAAUGGAGUAAAGGAGAAAUUUUCAGCAGAGUUCAGCUCCCAGCAUAUUUACCUGGACUUUAGCAAAGCCUUUGAUACUGACUCCCAUGGCGCUCUCCUGGAGAAGCUGGUAGCUCACAGCUUGGAUAGGUCACUCUUUGCUAGGUUAAAAACUGGUUGGAUGGCCGGGCCCAGAGAGUGUUGGUGAAUGGAGUUACAUCUAGCUGGCAGCCAGUAGAACUCAGUAGUCCCCAGAGCAUUGGAAGGCAGCCCUGUUUAAUAUCUUAUUGAUGAUCUGGUUGAGGGGUUUGAGUGCACCCUCAGUAUUUGCACAUAACACUGAGUUGUGGGGGAGUGCUGGUGUGCUGGAUAGUAGGAAGGAUCUGCAGGGUGAUCUGGAUGGGUAGGAUCAAUGGGACAAGGCUAGCAGAAUGAGGUUCAAAAAGACCAAGUGGUGGGCCCUGCACUUGUGUCACAACAACCACAGGCAACAUUACAGGCUGAUGACAGAGAGACUGGAAAUUUGCCUGUCAGAAAAGGACCUGGGGGUGCUGGUUGACAGAGGCUGAAUGUGAGCCAGCAGUGUGCCCAGGUGGCCAAGAAGGCCAGUGGCAUCCUGGCCUGUAUCAGCAACAGUGUGGCCAGCAGGACCAUGGCAGUGAUUGUUCAUCUGUCCUCAACAUUGGUGAGGCUCUAUCUCUAAUCCUGUGUUCAGUUUUGGGUACCUCACUCAAAGAAAGACAUUGAGGUGCUGGAAUAAGUCCAGAGAAGGGCACUGAGCCAGGCACCAUUCCUGGAGGUGUUCAAGAAAUGUUCAAGAAAUGACUGUGUGGCACUUGGUGCUACAGUCUAGUUGACCUCAUGGUUUUCAGUCAAAGGUUGGACUCAAUAAUCUGAGAUAUUUUCCAACAUAAAUGCUUCUGUGAUGCUGUGAUUCUGCAACCACAAGAAUUAUGUCUACUGGAAGCAUUAAGUCCAGAGUUCCCUUGUAGAUCUUGUAAGAGAAUGUUCCAGUUGUGUCCUUGGGAAAGAAAAUCACUGCAAACCACUCUGGGUUGUCUAAAUGGUUAACCUGAAUUCUUCCAACCACACUGUCACUGCAGUCAAUUUACCCUCUUCUACAAAAGCACUUCUCACUGGAGCAAAAGCACCUGACAAACACAUACUAUUUGCAAAUAAUUUCUAAUAGGAAUCCCUUUUCUCACAUUUUUCCUAGAAAGCAGAGAAUAUUCCAUUACAAUGAGACCUUGAGAUUCUGCCCAGUCACAGUCACACUAAGCUAAUUCAUAAACACCCAUGCUAGAAUAGUAAAAAACUCAUCUAAAACUGUAAGUUACCAAUAAGAGGAGUUGCAAACAAAACUAUAAAGAUAAUGAAACAGUGCCAAGUGACCCAAGAAAAGUGGUUAGGAGAUACCAGUCCUCUCUGCUGUAGAACGUAAUGCAGAUGGGUCUAAGACACUUGUUACAAAGCGGUCUCAAAGGACAAAUUAAAAGUGAAAUAACAACCUUCAUUGUGAAGCACCUUGCUUUUCAAACAUAAGUUAUUUUCAUGCUAUUUACAUUGGCACCACUUUAGGAACAGACAGUAACAGCCUAAGCUUUGAAAAUGCUUUAUAGAAAUUUGCUCUCAUAAUGAAGCUAUUUCCCAUUUCUAUUUUUCAAGGGAUUAGCUUCCUUAUUUUGCCUUGUAUAGAGGCUCAGAAGUCCAGUGGAGACAUUACCUGUGUCCUGGACCUUGGGGGAUAUGUUUUCUUCUUUUUCUGAUUCCUGAGUUAAUCUACCUUCUUCUUCCUGUGUUGGGGGAAAAAAAAAAAAAAAAAAAAAGUAUUUAUCUUACUGUUCUCUGCUAUCUGUGUUUUCAGUGUGUGGUGACACAUGAAACUAAAGACCAGGCUCCAACACCUUUACGUAAAAUCCCAUACGUACCAUUUCCCUGCAUUGUUAGAUGAAGCCUAGCUUCAUCCUCUUGGAGAGCAUAACAGCAAAUAAGAGUGGUCACAAACUCGUACAGCUGAGAUGCUUCAAGAAGUUAUGAUGAGGAAAGGUAAACUGGCCCUACCAUAAUCAGUCUGGGCAAGUGAAGGCAUGUGGUUUGUUAAAUUAUAGGCUUUCCUGGUUUUAAGGGCAGCAGGGAGAACAGAGUAGGUGGAGGAAAAGCCAAAAGCUGAGUUAGUAAAAAUUAAGGGUGAAGAUAGAAAAUAAAUUUAUAGGGAAAGAGGAGUUGUAGGUGACCCUGGAACACGAUGUGUUGAUUCUGGUCACCAGGACUCAGUUAUCUCCUUGUGAAUCAGAGUUUUCCUGGCUGCCAGACAGCCCUCGGUCUGUGAACACAAAGACAGGUGCUCUCUGUUCAGAAACUCAAUGGGUAAAACACUUCAUGAUAGUAUUAUAAUUGAUGUUUAUCCUGUACUGUUUCUUCUAAAAUAAGUUAAUGGAAAGACCUGGUAAUGCUAUUGUACCAACCCUUUUACAACUCUGUGUUUCUCUAUUACCUAUUCUUUGAUAUCUCUCUUUAUAUGGUGCUGCUGGACUCUGCUGUUUUGAGUGUACAGUUAAGAAGUAAUAUAAGUACUGUAUUUAUUAUUCCAAGAAGUUUUUAAUAAUUAUUAACAGUUUUGAAAAUAAGUCAUGUCUGCUUAGCUGAACAAGAUGUAACAGAGCUAACAUUUUGUACUCCUAACAGAUUUUGCGAACAAUGUGUUGCAUAUUUAUUUCACAUAGAACAUUGAGUUCCUAUUUAAAGCCACAACUCAAGAAGUCAACCAAUUAUAUGUGAAUAUUUAGUUUCUGGCUUUCUAUCUUAUUAGUAAAAGCAUGUAUGAUUUAUUGUAUUAAUUUAAGCUAAUAAAUACAUAUCAAAAAAGCUGCUGUACUUGGUAUUGAAAUGGAUCUGGAGUUCUUGACAUUCUAGGUAUUUUAUAUAGUAAAUGCUGAUCUGACAAGGUCAUACUUCACUCAGUGUCACUGAAGAGUGGUUCUUGUAAUGGGAAGCUGUCGUGGUUUUGCCCGCCAGCCCAUCCCUGGGGCUGAGGAUGGUUUUGUCCAGGUGAUUUCCGGACAAAAAAACCAAUCAAAAAGUUCAGUGACGCCUUUGCUAAUUACAUCUUUAAGAAAACGGAAGAGAAGGUUGUUGCGCAGCUGAAAUUAGGAGCAGCAGCCAUGUAGGAGAGACGCGGUGGGCCCGAGGAGGGCCAAGGCCCCCUCCUCCCCCGGCUUGGGCCGGGGAGGGGGGCAGGUGUAGUACUGAAACCUCCCUUCUCUCUUGUGAGAGAGUGAAGAAAAAAAAAGGUUUAAAAGACGAACUGCUUAAAUGAGAAACCGCUGCAGAAGAAUUCCAGCCAUGAGAUAACAGGAUUUUCAAGGUCGAAGCUGGCAGCACAGGAAAGAGAAGAAAAGUUCGAAGGGGGGAGAACUGCUUUUUCUCCUUUUCACUCUCCCUCCCUUCAGCAGGGUAAAGACUGAAAAAUAAAACCCUGCCACCUGUAGAAGUUUGCUGGAGUGAAGAGACCCCCCGUGCGGCUCACAGAGGAGCUUGUGGAUGCACCAGAGAUUUGUGACUUUAACAGAGAAAGCCUUAUGCUGGAGCAGGAACGGCUCGGAUGAGGCAGAGUCCUGUUAAAGACUUUGUGACCCUCGAAGGGAUCGAUGCUUAUGCUGGAGCGAGACGACUCAGAUAAGCUUGGGAUCUCAGUGAGAGAUCCAUGCUGCUGCUGUUGAAGAUUUAUGACCCUGACGGGUAUUAGAACCUACGCUGGAACACAAAACGGUUCAGGUAGGGAUGUUGGGAUCCAUGUGUGGGAUCCGUGCUGCUGGUGCUAGAGAGAACCUACGCUGGAGCAGAAAAUGGCUCAGGUGGGAUAUUGGGAUCCGAGUAAGGAUCCAGACUAGACCCAUGCCGAGAAGUCAAUCAAGGACUGUUCUCCCAUGGGGGAGGGACCUCCAUAGGGAAACAGGGGUGAACUCUUAAACCAUUAUCCCCUGUAACCCUGUGGAAGAAGAUCCAUAGUAAGCAAGUGUCCCCUUGCAAGUCUAUGGAAGGAGACCCUUCAGGACCUGGGUAACCCUCAGCCUUCGGUUUUAGCCAAGGAGAGGGGUAGGCCCAGCCCUGGAGGCUGACAUAGAGAAGAAGGAGAAAAGGUUCCAACUGCGACGAAAGUGCUGCAGAAUUACUGGAGAGAGAGAGAGCUGGAAUUCUGAGAACAGAAAAGAACUGCUUCUCCUCCUUGGACUGAUAUAAAGGGAGGUGGGGGGAGAAGUAUCUUCUGUAAAUACAUAAUACCUUUUACUUAAGUAGAAUUGUUGUAAAUAU